CCCUGUAACACCCGCUCAAGAAGAGAACAACGGAACGGAAGUACUUUUUGGUCAUUGUCGCAUGGCAACUGUUACACAAUGGCAGAAGGGUUGUUUUGAUUUUUUAAUACGAGCUUGUUAGUGUUAUUUUAUAGGUGUAUCACGCUGUGUAGCAUCUAAGAAUCAUGUCAGCUGAAGUCGAUUCAUUACCAGAUAGUGAGCCACCGAUGUUCCUGCAGCGUCCUUCUUCAGGAAGUUCGCAGAAUGUGGAGCACAUACUUGCUCAAACUUUCCGAGACUUUUACACAAGGGAUUACGUUGGACAAGAAACUGUGAGAAACUUGAACAAGUCGCGAGCAGGUGAUGACAGCUAUCAUGAGAAAUAUGUAGAAGAGUUACGUAAGGUACAAGCUGAACAUGAACGACGAUUAGCAGAAGCUGCAAUGUUGUCACGUCAUAUUAUGCAGGCUAGAGCAAAGGCUUUGCAAGCUGAUGAAAGAGAUCUGGAGGAAGCUGCCAAAGGCUGCGAACUGUAUCAUCAGUUAGGCCUACCACCUGGUGAAUCAAACUACAUGUCAUUUCUGGACAGUAAUCUCCUUAAAAAGCAUAAUCUCAUCGUGCCCGAGGAUUUCUCAACAGCAGAACCGCCGUUAGCGAGACCACCAAGAGCUGCAAAAGCUCCUCAUUAUUCACUGGCAACUGAAACAUCAGUGCAGCAUUCCAAGUUUGACAUUCCACCUACUGACUUGCGAUCUAACUCCAGCAUAUCAACAUACAGUGUGAUUGAUCCUAUACGAUCGGAGAGAGAACAAUGGAAGGACCACAUGUCAGCUGAGAAACGAGAGCUUAAUCGCAAAGAUCUUGCGAUGGUGUAUAAGAAGUCUGAUUUCCUUCGCAAUGCACGUCAUCGACCACCAUCAGAACCGGCAGGGGGAAAAUCUCUCAUCAAACCUAACAGAGUUGUUCACAAACUAGGGGGUGCUAAACCUAAAGUGACUGUUACAAAUAAAAAAGAACCUUCAGUUGUAUUCUUAGCCACGCCCUCAACAGUGGUUUUCACAGACUACAAAGUUCGUCAGGUGUAUGAGAUGUGUUUAGAUUUAAAGAACGUGUCAGCUUCUAGCCGUCAACUCAGAGUUAUCCCUCCGAAGACGGAAUACUUCUCUGUUGGACUCGGUCAAUUUCCAGGUGAUUAUGGCAUCAUUGCUCCAGGUAUGAGUUGUCAGUACAAAAUCCGUUUCAUCCCAGAUGCUUUGAUUGAUUUUGAUGAUGAGCUCCAGAUCCAAACCCAAUCCAGCCAACCUCUGAUAGUUAAACUACAAGGCAGACGCAAACCACCGCAGCUCUCUUUGUCAAGUGUUAUUGACUGUGGCUAUUGCCUUGUGGGCGGUAUCCAUGUUGCUCAGUUCAUCGUCAAGAACACAGGUGGAAGUGGUAGAUUCUGUAUCAUGCCAAGAGACGCUUGGCCAGCUACUAACCUCAAGUCACUGAAUGCUGACAGGGUGAAGCUUGAGCCUUUUGACGUCCAACCUGCCAUGUUUGAAUUGCCGGCAGGAUAUUCCACUCUCCUGCAGGUUGUAUUUACACCGCCCUCAGUUGAGACAUUUACCCAGAAUAUCACCAUGGUCUGUGACAAUUGCCAUGUGAAACAUUUUACUUUAAAAGGUGAGGGCCAGUCACCUGGGGUGAGGCUUGUGAGUGUCAAACCAGGUGGAGAGAGUUUCCCUGUCCCAGGUGAGAUUUGUGAUACCACAGCUCAACAUCAUGUGAACUUUGACACACUGAACCCCAUGACCUACACCGAAAAGAAACUACAAGUUCAAAAUACAACGAAUGUAGACCUGCCUUUCUUCUGGGAGAUCCUCAAACCUCACUUGGAGUGUCCAGAUCCAAUGAUGACAUCAUCUUCCAGUGACCACAUGAUCAGCAGAGUACAGGAAGGUGGAGGGAACUUUUGCAUUGCUCCAGAUCAGGGUACUCUUUCAGCAAAUUCAACCAAAGAUUUUAUUGUUGGCUUCUCCCCAACAACUGUUGGAUACUUCCAUAAUGUAGUACAUCUACUUCUAAAAAACAUUCCAGUUACGGACACAACCAAGUCAACAUCAGCAAAACUAGUUCACAAUCAACAAAAUGAAACAGGAAAUAAAAGUACGUCAGCAGCAUCAUCAUCAUCCAGAGACCCCUCUACUAAAGACAUGGUUUGCCUAGAGGUUGAGCUGAAGGGAGAGUGUGAAGAAUAUCAUGUGUUAGUCCAGCCUUAUGCAAUAAUAGUACCUGGUACUAUGCUGGUAACCACAACAAUUAGAAAACAAUUUCAGAUGGUCAACUUUAGCCAAUAUCCUGUCACAUUCAGUUGGUCAUCGUUGAGUGAAUGUCACAUCAUUGAAGUUGAAACUCCUCAAGGAAUUAUUCCACCGGGAGAAGUUGCAGAUCUUAGGCUGACCAUUACAGGUGGACAACCUGGUUUGAUUGACCACACUCUGCUGUGCCGUUUAGAUUAUCAGGAUGAACCUCUUACGCUUAGAGUGAGGGCACGUAUAAAGAUGGUCAACUUUAGCCAAUAUCCUGUCACAUUCAAUUGGUCAUCGUUGAGUGAAUGUCACAUCAUUGAAGUUGAAACUCCUCAAGGAAUUAUUCCACCGGGAGAAGUUGCAGAUCUUAGGCUGACCAUUACAGGUGGACAACCUGGUUUGAUUGACCACACUCUGCUGUGCCGUUUAGAUUAUCAGGAUGAACCUCUUACGCUUAGAGUGAGGGCACGUAUAAAGGGUCCAGAGGUGAUUAUAGAUACACCAUCUGUUGAUUUUGGUCUGGUUCGUUAUGGGUAUGAAGUCACAGAAGAAAUUGUAAUCAGGAACAUGUCACAGAUUCCAGCUAAAUGGAGUAUAUAUGAAAGCAAGGAGUUUCAGGACAAACAACUGCAAGGAAUUUCAGAGUUUGACUUUAAGCCUUCAAGUGGGGAGCUACCAGCCUUGGGUUCUACCCUCAUCAGAGUCACCUUCAACCCUACCUUCUGCAGAUACCUUAGCUCAGUCUUUGAAUGUUCAAUUGACAAUGGCAAGCCAUGUUACAUCGGUGUACGUGCUGACGUCAAGAAGCCCCAGGCUUGCCUUCUCUCAAGUAGUCUACAUAUGCCAGAGGUUUACGAUAAUGUGCAAACGCAACAUAAGGUCCAACUUCUCAAUCAGACUCUUCUGCCUACAAGGUUUUUCUGGGGAGAGGUAAGUUAUGUCAUGAAUAUUAAGGGUCCAGAGGUGAUUAUAGAUACACCAUCUGUUGAUUUUGGGCUGGUUCGUUACGGGUAUGAAGUCACAGAAGAAAUUGUAAUCAGGAACAUAUCACAGAUUCCAGCUAAAUGGAGUAUAUAUGAAAGCAAGGAGUUUCAGGACAAACAACUGCAAGGAAUUUCAGAGUUUAGCUUUAAGCCUUCAAGUGGGGAGCUACCAGCCUUGGGUUCUACCCUCAUCAGAGUCACCUUCAACCCUACCUUCUGCAGAUACCUUAGCUCAGUCUUUGAAUGUUCAGUUGACAAUGGCAAGCCAUGUUACAUCGGUGUACGUGCUGACGUCAAGAAGCCCCAGGCUUGCCUUCUCUCAAGUAGUCUACAUAUGCCAGAGGUUUACGAUAAUGUGCAAACGCAACAUAAGGUCCAACUUCUCAAUCAGACUCUUCUGCCUACAAGGUUUUUCUGGGGAGAGGGCGAACUGAAUGAUGUGUACAUACCAUGCAAUAUUGAAGGUAUGCCCAUGCCUGUGUGUCUUUUCCUUUCAUCCAAUGUACAAGGAUUGAACAUUUCAUACUCAAUAAAGGAUAGCCAAUCUGUGAUAAUUGAAAAUGAUGAUCUGAGUCUAGAUUUUGGUGAGGAUGUUGAGGUAUGCACUGUAACCAAACGAUUUGUAUGUAUAAAGAAUCAGACAGCAAUUGAAGCUCCUUACCAUAUUCUUGUCAGCCGGUUCCCAGCAGGAAAGCCUCCGACCCCACCAGAUGAGAGUAAGGAUAAAACUAGGAGGCGGAGUCUUCUGAAUCGUACACCUAACAUUGCUGAUCCAAUGAGCAAAAGCCCAGCUAAGAAGCAAGCUGACUUUAGCAAAGCAGUGCUGCAUGACGGCAGAGGCCUAGCCUUUGUGGUUCAUCCAUCCAGUGGAGUACUUGGUCCGUUUGCUGAGCUGAAUGUGGAAGUUAGUGUUUAUGCUGAUAUGUGGGGACAGUACUCAGAUGACCUCAUCUGCAAGGUUGGAGCUUUAGAGAAUGUUGUGAUUCCAAUGAAAGUCUCUAUCACAGGAUGCCCCCUCAACUUCCAAAUGGCUUCGUUGAAAGGUCAAAUACCAGUGGUGCGAUUUGGGACCCACAUUCCUGGUGUAGCAACUAUUAAGAGACCUCUGCGUAUUAUAAAUAAGAGUCCAUUUGAUGUAAGAGUUGACUGGGAAAUAUAUAACCUAGAAGAAAAUGACAACAAACUGCUAGACAUGAUCACCAGUAUUGGUGACCCAUUUCCAAAACGCGAUGAGAACGGACUUGAAAUCAUUCCUACUGCCAAGGAGGAAGCACUGAGGCUAGAAGAAAAACCCAUUGAAGAGAGCACAAUACCACAGAUUCAGGCAGCAGUACAACCUGGCAACCACCAGGUUAUUCCAGAUUCAGAGCACCCUGAAGAAGAGAGGAACACACAACCACGAUUAAUUCGGGUUCAACUGAAAGAACAUGAAGGAAAUAGAACAGAACAGCCGUUUGGAAUCACAUCCAAACAAAUGGUUAUUCCUGCUAGGGGAAGUCUACAGAUUACAGCAACAUUCAGUCCAUGUAUGGUCUCUCUAACCCAAGCUAGAACUGUAGAGUGUGUUGGCUAUGCAUUGGGAUUUAUGAGUUUAGAUGAGGAGGACGUUCGCUUCAAGAAGAACAUCUUUGAGAGGCUGCAUGGAUAUGAUAUGACACCAUUGAGGCUGGAUCUAACAGCUUUCAUAAAACCAGCAAUGCUAACGAUUGAGACAUCGGAUGAUGAUGGAAUGUUGUACAGCACUGCCGCUAGUCAUUUGCUUGUUGAUGGCAGAAUCAGCAAAGAAUAUACCAAGACGGGCUUAGCCACGUUAACAAACAGUACAGAAACACCACUGACAUUCCAACUUGUUGUUCCAGAGCCAUUCUACCUCAGCAAUAUUGAACCAGCCCACUUUGAGGGUGAUCAAAGUUUCAUCACUAUCAUACCAAGGCACAAUUUACAGAUAAAAGUUGCAUUCCUGCUGUCAUCGGAACUGAUACAACGCUAUCUAGAUCUCCUACAACCCGACCAAGAGAUGGAAGGCGUGGCACUAACAAAGCGUGACCAGGAAAGAAAAUUCACCAUCAACAAAGACCUACAGAUUGUUUACAAUAAUUCAUCCAUUCAGGCUAUUCCCCUAUGUGCCACAGUAGUCAUCCCGUCACUCAUCCUGUCGAGUGACAACUUAAACUUUGGUGUAUGCCUUGUUGGUCAGCAACGGGAGAAGGAGAUUGUCUUACGGAAUCCGACAUCGUCUGCUAGCUUCUGGACAGCUGCCAUUGAUUGGUGUAGCACUCCGGAUGAUGUAGUGUUCUCGCUAACACCAAGCAGCGGCAUGUUGGAAGCCUAUGUGACUCAUGUGUCCAAUAGCAAGACACUACUAAAGGUUCACUUUACACCAAGGCACAACAUAGCGUACGAUUGCAUCUUCAUUUUGAGCGGCAUGCUUGGAGAAGAGCCCUGCUACCUAAGGGUCAAGGGUGAAGGCUCAUAUGAUAGUCGCCAUGAGGCAUUAGUGAACAUCUAAAUAUUGUGAAAUUGUUGUUUACAACAAUAUAUAUUUUUAAGAAGCAACACUACUACAGGAACAAAAAUCAUAUGUUUUUCUGUUUCUAAAGAGUGAAUAACAACAAAUUAAUUUUGUUGGUAAUGAUGUAGAAUUAUUACAUAGUUCUGUUUUUUCUAAAUUGUAUAUCUUAAAUUAUGUAUAUUUUGUAAAUAUGUUUAUUGUGAAAUUAUAUUAAAUUUAUAUUAAGUUAUAGACCAUUUUCUCAGUUUAUUGUAUUGAAGCUAACUCUUUAAUUUUAACUAUCAUAUUUUCAAGAAUAUUUUCUGCUUUUAUAAAGAUUGUAUUUGCUGAAAGAAUAAAUUGUUGAAGAUUACAGUUAUUACUCACUUCUGCUACUGUAUUUUGAUAUAUUUAAGAAUAGUGUGGAGAUGGGUGUUACAUAGAGAAGGUGUCUGUAGUGAGCUGCUUGGUCUUCUGAUAUUAAAACUAUUGUAGUACCAUGACUUAUUCAUCUUGUUCCCAAAUGUCACAGAUCAUAUUUCAUCAAUCAAUUAAUUAAUAUUGUGUUUUGGCCAAAAGGUGUGUGAAAUAGAGUUUACAUAAAUGUCUUGUGAACAAACAUUCUGAUAAAACAUAACACAAUCGCCGAUUGUAUGCACAUAGCUGUCCAAAGUUCAUGAAGCAAAUGACAUCUCCAAAAAAAUUGGUAGGCUAGUGAUUAUGGCGCCAGACUAGUUACUUGGAGGUGGAGUGUUCGAUUCCGACCCCAAUUACUUGCAAAUUUAUUUUUGCAAGUAUUGGGGAACAUACUGAGUAUUUGAUAUUAACAUGUCGGGUAGGGCAAAACAUCGCUUUUAUGACAUUUUGAUGAUUCAAACUCGCAUCGAAAUCACAUCAAAAUUUCAAAGAAACUCAUUAUAUUGAUGCCUUUUAUUGUGAUAGGCACUGGCUGACGUUUUGUGCCUCUAUUAUAAUUGGAUUUUUUUUUUUCUAUUGUAGGCACAUAUUUUUUGUUUAAUUGUGUUAAGAUGACCAGUUCUAGUGCAAAUCUAAAAUUAGGUUUAUUGAAAAAGGAAUCUACAGUGCUUUACGUGUUGCAAAUUUAGUAUGUUGUGGUGAGAAGCAAGAGCGCGCCACAGUAACGUGAAUCCUUAGAGACUCGGUUGACAAUCGCCUGGGCAAUCGCCAGAUGGUGUCACGUCGUCUUGCGCUUAGACUGAGCGGAGUUGGAUUCGUCAUAUUUUAAACCGAUUUUUAGCGAAAAAACAGAUUUUUCAUUUAAAUUUAAUUUCAUAUCCUAUCAUACAAAUUUGAUCAAGAUUUUGUAUUAUUCUCUCCUAACUAGCGGCCAUUUUGAGAACAAAUCGUUAAAUUGGGGAGGGAAUAACAACAUGUCUUUUAUGAGUUGUAUGUGCAUUUUGUGUUGUUUAUAUUUACAUUUAAUUGUAAAAGUGAAGAAAAUGUCAGCCCUCCUCAAAUACUAUUCCUUUAAAACGUAUUAUAUAGUAGAGUAUUAUAAAAAAAAUUUUGCACAAUUCCGAACAAGUGAACUAUGAAAAGACGAUCUUGAUGCUUGAUAAAUAAGAAAAACUAACUUACAAACUACGCAUUGUUAUAAUAUGCCAAAAAUAAUAAUAUAGUCAUUCGCAUUACUGUAACAUUGUCAAUUUGCUUUUUGGCUGUCCAUUUAUAAAAACAGACAAAAUAUCGUAACUUAAAUGCAAAUUCGUUGAGAAUAUUUGUUAAUAAUGUAGAAAUAUUUAUAAAAAUUAAGUACUUAAAGCAAUUUAUUUAGAAAAAUCAUUUGAAAAAAGCCUGUUUGUUUGAUAAUUACUUUGAUUUUAUUAUGUGAAAUGGACCGGAGACCUUGUUCAUGAAUAAUAGGCCUAUAGAUUCUUCCGAGGCUUUGCUUGGCCUUUAUAAAAAUAGUUUCCUGUUUCAACUGCUUCAAGCUCAAUGUUGUUAUUAAAAAUAAAAGUAAGUCACUUCAUUAACCAUAAGGAAAAUAAACCUGAUUUAGUUUGCUUUCUUAAUUGACCAAUUAUACAAAAUCAUUUUGCCUGUAAUUUAUUGCGUGCUUUUGUGUACUUUUAUAAUGAUGGAGUACUUAGCUAUUGUUUAAUCAGGGAACUAAUUAUCAAAAAUAAACUUUUUAAAAAUGCAGA